AUGCGGAAGUUGGAGUGGAAUGACAUGGAAGUGAAGGGAGCCGGCGGUUAUCAGCUAAACCAUCCUCGCAUUGUCGACUAUACUGUUCUUGCAGCAAUUCACUGUUUUUCUUCAACGAGCAAACACGAGAUGUCAAAAAAGAACUUCCAUCAAAUUUUCUUUUAUGAGUUCAAACUCGGUCGUGGUGUAUCAGCUCGAAACAUUAUUGAAAUUUGGGGUGAAGGUCGUGUUGGUGAAGCAGCAGUCUGGAUGUCGAACGUUGUGCCGGAUCCGGACGACGCAAUGGAGGCUGAUUAUCAAAACCUUAUCGGUAAAUGCCUUCAACAUAGAGAGGGUACUCCUAUUCCUGAAGAUACUGCACCAGCCAGUCAGUAUGGUGACACAAACGUUACACAGGUAUCGAUCCAGAAACCGCCUUCAAGCGCUGUUGUUAACAAUCCUUCUGCUGUGGAUAUCGAGACCAUAUGUCAGUCAUACAAAGGUCAUUCUCUUUUAAAUUCUGUUAACGUGGCGCGUUAUACUGAACUAUUUGCAACCUUGGAGUCCAUUGAUAAACAGCUUGAUGAUCAAAAUCAUUUGGAUACACCAGUGCUAGAUCAAGCAUGGGUCGAUCAGACUACAUUGAAAUCUUCGAUUCAGUUGGACUUCCUUCUUUCAGAGUAUAAGAAGCAGAAGGAUGAAGGUGUAAAGAUGUGGACAAAUUGGAUGGAGGCAUCCAUCUGGGUAGGCGAGUGGCAACGUGUUGAUAUUAUUGCUGCUCAAGCAGAACGUAGCAUUAAGGAGGCUGAAGAGUCGGAGUCUCAAGCAAACUCAACUGCUAUCGCUCGUACUCGUCCUGUUAUUUUUGGAGUUUCAUCGUCAAGUCCAAAUCGGCCUAGUACAUCCCAAAAAUGUGCUCGUUCAUUGAUUAACACUGGAAAGGCCAGGUUGGACACAGCUUGCGCGCUAUCCAAACUUCAGUCAGGUCGAUAUAAGCAAGCUGUUGAUCGACUGCUCAAGGUGGAUCUGGAUGCGCUGGAACUACCUUGGCUGUUUUCAGCUUCUGAUUUGGCUAUGUAUACCACCUUAUGUGCUAUCGCAAGCUAUGAUAGAGCUGAGUUGAAAAAGAAAGUGAUCAAUGAUACGAAUUGUAGGAAAUGUCUUGAAUCAGAACCGAGGCUAGUUGAACUUCUGCAGUGUGUGGUGAGAUCCCAAUUUGGUCGCGUCCUAGAUAUUUUGAGAGAGAUGAAGGACAGGUUUCUAUUGGAUCCUUAUUUGAGCGCACAUGUUGAUCCGUUGUAUUCCGUUAUUCGAGAGCGUGCUUUGCUCCAAUAUCUAGAACCAUUUGCUUCAGCCGAUUUGAAUGCAAUGGCAAACGUUUUUCGAACAGACGUUAAAAACCUCGAAGGUGAACUAGUGGUGCUGUGUGAACAAGACCGAUUAUCAGCUAGAAUUGAUGCUGUUGGUGCUACUAUACAUAUGGUUCAACCCAACGAACGCGAAGAGAAUUAUAGGAAGAUAGUUGACGGAUGUGACGAUUUGAUAGAGCGAUGUGAAGCUGCAAUUCUUCGAGCUGUGAUGCAACAGGCGUGUAUUUCCAUUCAUUCCGACGGAAGAGCGAAACGAAAGACGAUUGCACAUGAUGACGACUUUAUUUACGCACAAGAUGACGUUUCGGAGGAUUACGCUUUCCUCAGAGUCAGGAAAGGUCAAGUUGGCCGCAAUCUACCUAACCAAACACCUCCAUAA